AUGUCAGCAAAACUUUCUUUACUUAAUCUUCACCUCCGUUUACUUCCAAGUAAAGUAGAAUCUUUUAUAGACAAAACAAAAAAAGAAUUUAAAGAUGUUGUUAUAAAUGAAGAAGAUGGUUCAGAAGAAUACGUUCCACUUGACUACGAUUUAAUAUUCAAUCAUCCAAGAGUUGAUUUGUAUUCAUUUGAAACAAUUAUGCAUGAUUCUUUGGAUUACAAUAAUACAAAAAAACAAAAAAAGAAAACGAUGUAUAAUCGUGUCAAGAAACGCAUCAUUGGUCAACUAUCGACCACGUCUAUCAAGGGUAAAGUCGAAUCAAAAGAACUAGCAAAAAUCAACCACGGUGUAACGUUCUCCAAAGAAAAUCGCGUUUAUGUUUAUUAUGAGGAAUCAUAG